GCAGCAAACAGGUAGCAGGAAACGGAAAGCGCCGGCUAUCGAGGCCGGCGCCGGGAGCUCCUCGUCGCAGGGCUUGGCGGCGGCGGACGGAGAGGGGCCGCUACUACCUAAGAAGCAGAGGCGGCCGGCGACGCGUCGCUGGCUGGUGCACUAUCUGAAGGGCCGGGAGGUAGGCGCCCGGGGCGCAGCGGGGCUCCAGGGCUUCGAGAGCGAGCUGCGGGGCUACGCGGUACAGAGGCUGCCCGAGCUGCUGACGGAGCGCCAGCUAGACCUGGGCACCCUCAACAAGGUGUUCGCGUCUCAGUGGCUGAACUCCAGGCAGGUGGUGUGCGGCACCAAGUGUAACACGUUCUUCGUGGUGGACGUGCAGUCGGGCCACAUCACACGCAUCCCCCUCAUGCGGGACAAGGAUGCCGGCCUGGCCCCGGCCCAUCAUGGCUGCGGCAUCCAUGCCAUCGAGCUGAAUCCCUCCAAGACGCUUCUAGCCACUGGCGGCGAAAACCCCAACAGCCUGGCCAUCUACCGGCUGCCCACCCUGGAUCCCCUGUGCCUGGGCGACCGCCAUGGCCACAAGGACUGGAUCUUUGCCAUCGCCUGGCUGAGUGACACCGUGGCUGUGAGCGGCUCCCGCGACGGCACCGUGGCGCUGUGGCGGAUGGACCCGGACAUGUUCCAUGGCAGCAUUGCCUGGCACAGUGAGGUGGGUCUCCCCAUAUAUGCCCACAUUCGUCCUAGGGAUGUGCAAACCAUCCCCAGGGUCAGCACCAACCCGGGCAACCGCAAGGUGCGGGCCCUGGCCUUCAGCGGCAAAAACCAGGAGCUGGGAGCGGUGUCCUUGGAUGGCUACUUCCACCUGUGGAAAGCCCGGAGCACACUAUCCAGGCUGCUGUCCAUCAGGCUGCCCUACUGCCGAGAGAAUGUAUGCCUGACCUACUGCGAUGAAUUGUCCGUGUACGCUGUGGGAUCUCAGUCCCACGUGUCCUUCCUGGAUCCACGCCAGCGCCAGCACAACAUCCGGCCCCUGUGCUCUCGAGAGGGUGGCACGGGCGUGCGGUCGCUGAGCUUCUACCGCCAUCUGAUCACUGUGGGCACCGGCCAUGGCUCCCUGCUCUUCUAUGACAUCCGCGCCCAGAAGUUCCUGGAGGAGAGAGCUUCCACGAGCCUCGACUCCACUCCGGAACCUGCAGGGAAGAAGCUCAAGCUCGACUGUGGCAGAGGCUGGCUCAACCACGAUGAUUUCUGGGUGAAUUACUUUGGUGGCAUGGAAGAGUUGCCCAGUGCGCUGUACACCCACUGCUACAACUGGCCCGAGAUGAAACUCUUUGUAGCUGGGGGACCUCUCCCUUCAGGCCUCCAUGGGAACUACGCCGGCCUCUGGAGCUAAGGAUGGACGCCUUGUUCUCAAAGUGCACAGGUUUACCUUUCGGUUCUGCCUCACUUUCCUUCUUCAUGCUGCAUUUGUGCUUUUAAUUUUGUGUGGCUUUUGUCUUCCAGGUGGAACCAGUCCAACUUACGUGUGCCUCGUGUAUUAGGCAGAGAAAGAAAGAGAAAGAGAGAACUGGAACAAUGCAGUGGGUGUGAGAGAGCACAAGUGGUCCUUUGGACAGUCAAAACUUUGGCUUUAAAACUCUCAUUCACGUUUCCCAACAGCAGUAUAUUUUUGCCUUCUCAUUCAAAGAGUUUUCACUGAACCUUAAUUGUGUUCUGUCUUUAACAGAUUCACGUAGCCUCCUUCUUUAGGCUGAUGCAGUCAUAGUCUUCACUACUAUUCAGUGCGUUAGUUUGAUUAAUAUUGCAAUAGUAUUCAGAUCUUGUACACAUGUUAGAUGUAUGGUGUUUUGGGGAAAUGUGUGCUACAAAGCAUCUUUGGGGCUGUUCUGAGGAACUACCCAUCAUUUAUAGCCUUACUCUAAUUAGAAAAUACAGUUCAGGUUCUAGAUUGCCACCAUUCUAGAGUGUGGCACACACCAUUUUAGGGUGUGAUUCAUUUGGAUGUUGGAAACUCAAUGUCUGUUGCUUGUAUAUUGUUGAUGUGUAAAAUGCUUUAAAAAUAUGUUCUCUUAGUCAGAAAUCUUACAAUAUUGUUCAUACUAUUAAUCAAUAAUUUGGGUUAUUCAGUAAAACUUUACCAUCACUAUCCUCAGGCCCUCAGUAUUCUUGUUUAAAGCCAGUGUAUUGUGGCCUGCUUUUCUAUGCUACAGAUUUUCAGAAAUAUUCAAUAUUGAUCUAUAUAUGUAGUAGGGCAAUCAGGGAGGUAUGGGGUGGGGUGGGGGGGAACUCUUUAAAUUCAGGUAGCUAUUUGCAGUGAAAAGCCAGUUGUGGCAGUUGUGCUGAGAGUAGGUGUUGUUGAUUUUUUAUUACUGUAUACAUGGAUAAUUCUGGAUCCAGUAUGUGAUGUAUUGCGGAAAAAUAAAUAAAAUAUGUUCAGCAUCUUAGCAAUUAACUGGGAGACUUAAGUUCUUAAUGCUUAAAUAUAUGCUUUAUUUUCUAUUUGUCUUUCUGGGAACAUAUUUAUCAAAGUCAAAACUUUCCAGGACAGAGGCUGAAUCUGAAGCAUCAGCUAUGUAGACAUUAUUUUGUACAUCUCUUUUUGAAAAUGAAACUUAUGGUUAUAAGUUAAAAGAUUACAAAAUAACAUCUGGAAUACAUUAUGAAAAUAUACUUGGUGUAAAUUA